AUGCACAUGCCAUCUGGCUCUUUGGCAAGCUGGCACCCGGCUGGGCCUGGAGAAUCACGAGGCCCUUGUCCAAUGCUUAACACGCUAGCAAACCACGGGUUCUUGCCUCGCGAAGGUCGCAACUUCACGCUGCCCGUCGUCAAGCACGCUCUUGCAACAAGUCUCAAUAUCAGCGCCGAUAUCUCAGAACUACUGUACAACUUCGCGCUCACGACGAACCCGGGUCCGAACGCUAUGACCUGGGGCCUCGACACGUUAGGCAACCACAACGUCUUGGAGCAUGAUGCCAGUCUGAGUCGCUCGGACAAGUUCUUAACUGACGAUGCCGUCUCCUUCAACGCUACCGUGUAUAACCAGACUCGCGCCUACUGGACCGGAGACCUUAUCAGCAUUCAAAUGGCCGCCAAUGCGCGCCUCGGCCGCAUGAUCGACUCGGUGAAGUACAACCCCAGGUUCGCUCUGUCGGAAUUAGCCGCAGCCUUCAGUGCAGGCGAAGGUGCCGGAUACAUGCUCGUGUUCGGCAACAAGACAGAAAAGACUGCGAGGCGAGAUCUCGUAGAUUGCUUCUUCGUGAGUGAGCGCUUGCCGACGGAGCUGGACUGGACGACCCCCAAUGAGGUGAUCAGCCUUGCCGAUCUCUUUGGCUUCUCUGACGAUAUCUAUGCCGCGACUUCAUACGACACUUUGGAGACGAAGGCGGCGGUGAUGCGCAGGAACGGUAUGGCGGGAAGGGUCUUCUAG